ACGGAAAUUGAAUUGAGAACCGCUGGUUUAGCCUAAAAGCUAAUUAGCGCCAUGUUAGCAACAUGCUAAAGUACGUCAUAGUCGCUAACUCAGUCGCCACGAAGGCUAGGUCAAGCUAAUGCUGCUAAGACUCUGCACAUUUUGAUACACGUAAAUAUAGUAUAUAUAUUUUUAAUGUUGGUCUUUUUUAACCGAUUUUAAAAAAAGUCGUGCUUUUAUUGUGGAAUCGAACUCAUGUUUCCCGUUUUUAACAUCAUUUUACUGUGUGUGACUUGACGUUUCUGAGUGGAAAGACUUUUCCAGAAGAUGUGUAAUGUCCUGGCAGCAGCGUCCAGAUCUGCUGAGCAGAGAGAGAAACAAACAAACGUUCGAUUCAUCCCGACUGUGACUCAUCAUUUAGCAUAUACACUGUUCACAGUACCGUCCGCGGCACAUCAACAAAACACUCUCAUUGUUGCCACGUCACGUCAUCAAAAAGGUGUAAGAUAUUUGGUUGCUCAGGACAGACCGACGUAGGAUGGAGAAAACGGAGCUCACAUCCUUCAUUAAACUGCAGGAAAACAAGGUCAACCAACAGUGACGGAGGACGGAGGAGUUGUUGUGGCUGCUGUUCUGUCGUUGAUUGUCUGCAGACUGGAGCAAAGGUCUCGGAAGAUGACGAGCCUUGAAGGGGAUGAAGUCCAGCAGCUUGGCUCAGACUGGACACUGCUCCUGAGAUUAAGGUCAAUUUGGGAGAAAAUAAAACUCUCUGAUGUCUCGUGCGUCUCUUCAAAUCUACGCCGCAACCAAAGACCAAAGGCAGUUCUGAAGACUUUGAAGCAAGAUGACCGUAAUAAAGUGGGGCGUCAUUUUACAUGCCGGAAUUCGGAGACGUCUGGAAGAUGCAGCACAGAUGAGUUUUGGCUCCUGUUUUGGACAUUUGCACUGUGGAAAACCAAAGUAACAACUGUAGCAUCAGCACCCGUGUCUUCAACUUCAGCAGAAGGACUGAGAGACAGGAACCAUGAAAGAUAACUAUGGUGGAUACGAAAACCAGCUUUUCAAAGAGGAGGAUUUCACUGGAGAGGAAGAGGAAAUGCCUUCAUUUAGAGCUCGCAGCAGAGGAGGUUGUGUGCGGUGUCAGCAGAGCCAUUCGCUGCAGCUGGCUGUGAAAGUCCUCUAUGGAUUUGUGGCGUUCCUCAUCAUUACGGUGGCAGUACUCGCAUCACUGGUGUUCAGGAAGGUGGAGAGAAUGUCGGCAGAAGAGUCCGUCUACCACACCAAGAUCUCCACCGUGCAGCAGGGAAUAGAUGACCUGAGCUCCACCACCAACUGCUCCAGCUGCCUCGACGUGACUCUGUACAGUGAGGAGAUCAGACGGCUGAAGAGAGAGUUCGAAGACCUCCAGAGGAUGAUACUGGGACAGGAGCAGGUUCUGGACCAGGCCACUCAGGACCAGGCCACUCUGAGGGCCACCAACACCAGGGUGAUGCGUGAAGUUCAAAACCACCUAACCUCCAUCAGAUUUCUAAACCAGUCCCUGGAAAGGUACCUGGAUCGUGUGGAGGCCUGGAAGGACGUGGUCACUGAGACGGAGGAGAAGAUGAAGACCCUGACAGAGGACCAGUACGACAUCAAGGCAACGGCACAUCAAAUCAACACCACAGUGGCUCUGAGCACGCUGUGGAUCGACGCCCUCCAGAGAAAGGCCGACGAAGAGACCCUGGUUCUUCACAGGUUGACCAACGACUGGCAGAACUACAGCCGGGUUCUGAGUGCGUUAAAAUCCAACUCCAGCAACAUUAUGCAGACCGUGCAUUCCCUCCAAAACAACGUCAUAAACGACCACCAGAGGAUCGCCAUGUCCUUGGAGGUGUACUACGAUCUGACUCAGCAGGUGAUGAAUCUGCAGAUGCAACUCGACAACGUGACAUCCUACAUGGAUGAACAUGAGGAGAACAUGCACGACCUGCACUACCAUUCCAGGUACUACGAGAACCGCACAGGUGAACGCUUCUCCGCUUUGGACGGUCGUCUGAACUCCAUCAACAUGGAGAUCGACACCGUCUCCUCCAGCAUCAAUGCCACGGUCAGCCAUGUUCAGAGCAUGUACAAGUACAUCAACAUAGAGAGCUCGUCCUGCCAGAGUCGCCUGGGCCGACACACCGAGGACCUGCAGAUUCUGAACAACACAGUGUUGUUACUGCUCCACCUGGCCGACACGCUCAGGCAGCAGAACAUGUUGUUGAACGUCCGACUGGACGUGGACGUCAGGAACCUGUCCGUGGUGAUGGAGGAGAUGAAGCUGGUGGACGUUCAUCACACACAGCUCAUUAAAAACUUUACUAUUCUAAAAGGGGCUCCGGGACCACCGGGACCCAAAGGAAACCGUGGUGAAUCUGGUUCAAAAGGUCCUGUUGGAAUCACUGGCAGCAAAGGAGACAGCGGACCCAGUGGGGGCCGCGGAGCCGCCGGAGAGAAGGGGGCUCAGGGGCCAAAUGGUGCCCGGGGUGAACAGGGUCCCAGUGGCAGCAGAGGACCAGUAGGAGCCAAAGGGGCCAAAGGUUCUCUGGGAAUACCUGGACCACGAGGAGAAAAGGGCCAGAAAGGUGACAUGGGUCCUUCUGGAAAGGAUGGGCCUCCAGGACCUUCAGGGCCUCUGGGCAUCCAGGGUCAGUCAGGGCUCCCGGGUGUCACUGGGCCAACAGGACCAAGGGGGAAACCAGGGCCGGUUGGGCCACCGGGACCUCCAGGAACUCCUGGACCUCCAGGGCACCCUUACCCACAUAAUCCCAGCCUCAACAGUCCGGAGCGGACGGAUGAUCCUGCAGCUGGGUCUAAAAGGCAUUAAUGAAGUUCAACCACAAACGACAAGAAACCAACGGAA